CGGCAAGCAAAGCUUUUGUGUCCUCGCCUGGCAUUUCCGCAAAUGAUGGGGAAGUGAUUGUGGGGAGCGGGGGGGCCGGGGUCUGCGUGUUGGGGGCAUGGGAUGUUUUUGGGGGGGGGGGGGUGCGGCGGAGGGACGCUGCUCCUUUAAGGUGUGGAAGGAAAAGACUGGGCCUGUGAACCAGGAAGUGGAACAUGCUGCCCCAGUGGGAGCUGGGCCCUGACAGAUGGAGGCCCUGCAGAGCCGGUGCUGAAGCUGAUUUUGCUUCCAAGGCCCCCGGUAGCCGGGGGGGCGGGAAAUCAAGCCCCUGGCAGCUACCCCCAGCGGGCUGCAGCUUCUCUCUGGGGCCUCCCCGGCCUGCUGCACGAAGGAGUCACACGCAGGCUGCUCAGUCCAGAGCCAGUGGCCUGAUGUUCAGCGCUAUAACGGAGGCUAGUAGGAGCCACAGGGCCGAUGCGAUGGAAGCUCCCCCAGCGCCCUGGCUGCAGAGGUUUGACAAGCCUUCCCGUCUCCUCCUCCACACGCUGACGACCGGGCCGUGCGGGGCACUGGCUGCCUUCCGAGCCCUCCAGCGCAGCCGGGCCUGCGACGAGCCAGGGCAGGCAUUCCACUGGCAAAUCUUCACUGAGACCUUAUGUGCUGAAGAGCCCGUGCUGCGGGGGCCCGAGCAGACCCUCACCCUGAGACCAAUACUGCUGCUGCUUCCUGUGAUGUGCCAGAGAAAUCUCCUCUCCCUGCUGCACAUGGUGCAGGGCAGCAUGCCGAAGGACUGCCUCAGCCAGCUGCUUCAGGCCACCCGCAAAGAUCCCAGCCCAGACCUCUGGGUGCGGGCCCUGCGGGAUCUACUUCAGAGGGGGCUGAGAGAAGAGAGGAGCUGUUGGACUCCACUUCCGCUGACAGACACGUGCCAGCAGCAGCUUAAAACGCUGUGCCAGAAGUUCGUGGGUGGCACUGGGAGCAAACCGGACUUGGAAAGGAAACGGAGCUGGUUCAUCCAGGAGCAUCCAGGCCCUGAACUCUGGCUUGCUGGGGAUGCGACUGACUCUGCAUCUCGGCUUAGGAAACGCAAGCAAGUGGCUGAGGAAAGUCUGGACCCCGAGGGGGAGCGGCAGAGGAAAAGGUCCCGGUUGGAAGAGGAGGAGUUAGGCCUGGAACCUCUGGCAGGAUGCGCCUUUGUGAAAGGAGCUGGUGCGGGGGAGGAGGAGAUCGGUAUAGAGGCGUCUCGAUGUGGGUCCAUUCGGAGCCAAACCAGGGGUGCCAAUGAAAAUGCCCAGCCCGACGCCGUCAUGGAGACAAGAGAGGCCAGUCAGGGUUCCCAGUGGGACGCAGCAGCAAAAGUCCCUGAUUUUAUGCAGGUGCAUGUGCCUAGACUUAAGAUGCUGCUGGAGAUGGAGUCAAAUCAAACGGACGGGACCGCCCCUCCCGAACUGCAGAUCCUGAAUGAAUGCACCCCUGGCCAGCUGGAGGGACUGUGCUCGUUGCUCCAGCUCUCGGAGUGCCCGGAACGCAGCCUCGUGCAGUUCUGCACCUGGCUGCUGGCUCUCGUGCCCGAGGUCAGCUACACUCACGCAGCGAUUCUGACGGAGCAGCUCUUCCUCCAGCGGGUUCUCUCGCUGACCCAGCCGGCCUCCCGUCAUCUCAUGGCGGCGCUGACCUCGUUCUGCUCCAAGUACGCUCGCCCAGUUUGCUGUGCCUUGAUCGCUCCAGCCCUGCGGGCCUCGGGGGCAGGUCCCGAGGGGACGAAGCUAGUGUGCGAGCUGAUAGAGGACAGCCUGGAGCCGGAGUAUGUGAGGCUGGUACUCAGCCAGGUCCUGGAGAUGCCGUGGUCAGAGGAGCUCAUCACUGUUGUGCAGACAUUGCUGGGAAGGCAGGUGGAGCUGCCCCCUGAGCUCUUUAACCUCCUGGUCCUGAAACUGUGCCGGCUGGCCCAGGAGUUUGCUAAGUCAAUGAAUUACACGAAGCUGAUGAUGGCUGUGCUGACCAUAUACAGCAGCAAUAUUACUCCAGCCCACCGGAGACAUUUGUCCGGUGCUCUGGAUCUCAACCACACAGCUCUCCGGAAAUCUCUGCAGGCUGCCCUGGAACAAAUGGCUCCCAGGUGAAGUUGCCCAUGCAUAAACAUGAGCCAUCCCAAUGGAACGGAGUGGUACAAAUGACUGCCUUCUCAGACUCCAGCCACCAAGGGUCUGUGCAGCUUGAGGAGGACCUUCAUACCGCCCGUGACAGUGACAAGCCCCCUCUGGCACAGGAGAAGGACAGCUUCCAGAGCUGGAGUUAGAGCCAGCAUAAUGGAGCCUCGGAGAACCGGUCAAGUAAUGUCAGACUGGUGCCUGCAGAAUACACCUGAAACAGAAACAUCUGUUGAGUUACUCUAACGGGCAAACCUGGAUGCCCCUUCACCUAAAGAUUCUGUGUAUGGAAAAUCCCACAAAGGAAGAACUACAAUUCUAGGAGAACUCCCAGUGUAACUCCCCUUAUUAAUAGCCCACCUGUCCCAGGUACCCCUGCAUUCCCACUUGGGCUGUUCUCUUGCAUAAAAACCCUUCACACACUGGGGGCUCACUCUGUAUUUUUGGAUCUCCCAAAGUUGAGGGUUUUCCUGGCUAAGCUAGCUGAGAGUUGAGCGAACCACCUCUCUUUAGACCUAGUGAAACUAGUUUGGAUUAAAUAACUUCCUCUCUUUGAACUGGACCUUCCUUGUGGUUCAAAGACGGCUCGGCCUUUUAACUUUCCCUGCCUGCGGCUGCCUCCACAUUCUCCUUGGAAGUGCCAAAAUAUCUGAUGAGGCCAAACUAUGAGCAAAUGGCGCGAAAAGUCUUUUCUCAUGAAACUUGCAGCCCAGUUUUGAAGGCAGAUGGUUUUGAUAAACACCCCAGAGAUCACAAGCUUAUGUGACCUGGAGAUGUUAUUGGUUAUCCCAUGAGUACAGUUUAUAAAGUGAGCCCUUUACAUCUGCUUCUCCCCCCUUCUCCAACGGAAUGACAUGCUCAGCGGGGCGGGGCCUGCACAUGGGGUUCUGAAGUGUCCGUUCCCCCGCUGCCCCCAGAAGAGGGCUUUAUCCUGUGUUAUCUCAGUAAAGGAGACCACUUGCCUCUGUGUGUCUUCAGGAUUCUGUCUUGUCCCUUGCACUCACUCCCUUUGGGUUCAUUAAACUUCCCAAGUGCCAUUAAUUGCUCACGAAAGCAUUUGUAGCCGUUGUGUCCAUCUAAAACCUGAAGGAAAACACGUGUAUUCUUUCGACUUGGGUGCACUGUCUUUUUUACUUUGUCAAAGCAGUACAAUAAAACAGAUCAUUUCAUAA